CUCCUUCUGUAUCUUGCUCGAGGAAUCUUCGAAGAACAGAGCAACCUGGAGAAACUGGUGCAGAAAAUUAUGCUGGACGCCCAGGAUCUGCUGAAAUGUGAAAAGUGUUCUGUGUACUUGCUAGAGGACUCGUUUGAGCGGGAUAUCAUGAGAUUUACCAGCCGUUUUCUCAACAGACUGGGCAGUUACUCCAGGAGUAGCAACUUGGUGGUCGUCAUGCAGGAUCCCAGUAACCCUAGAACAACGGACAGAAAACAGACACAGAGUUCAGAGAAAGAGAAGCCGUCCCCACAGAAGCCAGAGGAUGUCCACUUCUCUAAAGCGUUCGAACUGUAUGCUGGACAGAUCACAAUUCCUACAUCAGAAGAGAUUGCUAAUUCAAAGAAUGCAUAUAUCGCCAGAUGUACGGUGGUAGAAGGAGAGCCCUUGAAUAUUGAAGAUCUGGCCAAAGAUGGACGAUUUGGAGCUGGACCAUUUAAAGAUGAGCAUGGGUUUGUGUCCAAGAGUGUGUUGUGUAUGCCUAUCCACAACAGUGAUCGGACCAUCAUCGGAGUGACACAGCUCAUCAACAAGGUCAAUGGGCAACCUUUCGAUGAUAAUGAUGAGCAUCUUAUUGAGGCUUUCUCAAUUUUUACCGGCUUGGGCAUUCAUAACUGUCAGAUGUAUGAGAAUGCAUGCCAGCUGAUGGCAAAACAAAGUGUUGCACUAGAGGUAUUGUCCUUCCAUGCUACGGCCAGUAAAGAGGAAACUGAGAGAAUUAUGAUGGAGAAGAUACCAACAGCAGAUGACUACCGGCUCUACACAUAUGACUUUGAUGAUAUGGCAAUGUCUGACAGUGACACCAUCAAAGCAACUAUCCGUAUGUUUAUGGAUGCAAGCCUUAUCAGUCAGUUCAAGGUUCCUUAUGAGACCAUGUGCCGUUGGGUGUGUACUGUUAAAAAGAACUACAGACCUGUGACAUAUCACAACUGGAGACAUGCAUUUAAUGUGUGUCAGACAAUGUUUACUAUGCUUUAUACAGGAGAGCUAAGGCCAAAAUUUGAUGCUGUAGAAGUUUUUGCAUUAAUGGCUGCAUGUUUGUGUCAUGACCUUGAUCACAGAGGCACUAAUAAUGCUUUUCAAGUCAAGGUGGCAUCUCCAUUGGCCAUGCUAUAUAGCACCUCAGUGUUAGAACAUCAUCAUUUUGACCACUGCAUUAUGAUUAUAAAUAGUGAGGGCAACAAUAUUUUUCAAUCAUUCACUCCAGAAGAGUACAGAAGAGCCAUAAAAAUUCUUGAGCAUGCUAUUUUGUCAACAGAUUUGGCCUUGUAUUUCAAGAAACGAGGAGAAUUCAAGUCACUAGUGGAAAAUGGUGAGAGAGAUUUUCAAGACGAUAACAAAAAGGAUUUACUCAAAGCAAUGAUGAUGACAGCAUGUGAUGUGGCAGCCAUAACGAAGCCAUGGAAAAUUCAGAAGGAGAUUGCCCAGCUGGUCACUUCAGAGUUUUUUGAACAGGGAGACAUAGAAAAAACACAACUGGGAGAAAAGCCAAUACCUAUGAUGGACAGAGAAAAGAAGGACGAAUUACCAAAAAUGCAAGUGGAUUUUAUUGAUUUCAUCUGCACUCCAGUUUAUGAGUUGUUUGCAAAGAUAUCUGAACAACUAAAGCCACUGAGCGAUGGUUGUGCGAAUAACAGAUCUCACUGGGAAGAAUUGGCUGAGCUGCAUAAACAAAGCAAGCAAGGGAAUAGUGAAGGGACUACAGACACAGGAGAAAGGAGUCAAGAAAAACAAGCCAGAAAUAAAUCAGACCAGCAAGAACUCGACAAAACGCAGCAAGACAAGUCAGUCAUCAAGCACCAAGUCAUCAACACUGAACUGAAAACUGACACUAAUCUGUUAAAGAGUCAAAAAGACACUAAUUGUAAAAUUUCUAGUAAUCAUAACAUUAAUAACCCACAGAACAACAGGACAGAGCUUUCAAAUGCUAGUGUGAAUAAUGUAAAUACAGAACCUAAAACUUCAUUAAGUUCUUCUGUGUCUGCCAUUGAGGAGGCUGAAAUCAAAGACAAGGGAAAGAAACGAUCUCUAAAGGGAAGUGAAUACAAGAAGUCAAGCAAAUCAUCAAAGAGCCAUUUUUGUUCAUUAAGCUGA